GCGGCGUCAUACCUGAGCUUCACGGCCAGCCAACGACCAACCCACUCUGUCCCCAAGAUAGAUAGACCGUCACCCUGUAUACUUUUCUUAGACCACAUUCCUGCAUCCUAUCCAAGACAGCCGCUCCCAUACGACUACCGAGCUCAUCCACCUUUCUGAUACCGAGCCCACAGCGUCUUCUGAUUCCCCGCCAGUCCCAUACAACCCCUCAUCCCGACGGCAGACCUCUGAACACACUCUGCGACAAUGGCGCAGGAUCCUCGGGCAUUGCUGCAAAAGGCAGACAAGCUACUCUCCAGCGCAUCUGGAGGCUUCGGCUUCUUUGGCAACAAGGAGGGCAAGUAUCAGGAUGCCGCCGACCUGUACAACCAGGCUGCAAACGCAUACCGGAUGCAGAAAAACAACCGAGAAGCAGGGCAAGCAUUUGAGAAGGCUGCGCAAGUCCAGCUCAACAACCUGAAGGAUCCAGACGACGCCGCCAACACAUACGUCGAUGCGUUCAAGGUCUACCGACAGGACAACCCCGAGGAUGCGGCUCGGUGUCUAGACUUCUCUAUCAACCAGUACUGUACCAAAGGCAACUUCCGGAGGGCGGCGUCACACAAGGAGAACCUGGGCGACCUGUUCGAGAACCAACUGGGCGACAUGAAGCGGGCCCUCGAGGCGUACGAGGCCGCUGCUGGGUGGUAUGAGAGCGAUGGAGCUGCUGCCCUCGCGAACAAGCUUUACCUGAAGGUUGCCGACCUUGCCGCCCUCGACGGCGACUACCACAAGGCGAUCGAGAACUACGAGAAGGUGGCGGCGCAGUCCAUCAACAAUAACCUGAUGCGCUACAGCGUCAAGGAGUAUUUCCUCAAGGCGGGCAUCUGCCACCUCGCCACCGGCGACCUGAUCGGCACCAACCGGGCGCUCGAGAAGUACCGCGACAUGGACCCCGCCUUCGGCACGCAGCGCGAGCACCAGCUGCUGGUGGACGUAAUCGGCACCAUCGAGAACGGCGACUCGGAGGGCUUCGCCGACAAGCUCUACGCCUACGACCAGAUGAGUAAGCUCGAUAAGUGGAAGACUACCUUACUGCUCAGAGUGAAGGGCAAUAUCCAGCAAGGCGCCGAAGGCGAAGAGGACGAGUUCUCUUAGAUUUUGGCCAGACAGGGCUUGUGGGGGGAUUUUGACCUUUCCUUUACUUGAUUCCCUUUCUUUUGCUGUCGAGGCGUUAGGAUUGCAGCAUUACAGACGUUCACUCAGUUGUUAGGCAGGUUGCCACCCGUGUUCAUAUCACUGGGCAUAAACAGUCCCUGUGGACUCCAUGCGAGGUAUACACUCCACGCCAAUAUACAAUCUAUUUGGAGCCGUCCGGGCAGCUACAGUGACCUGGUAUUAGCUUCAUGCAGACAGAUCAUGUGAGUAUGGCCGUGGCCAGCGACUUCGCCAUGACCUGAGGAUUGACCGAUGUGGCUUCACAUGGAUAUUCAUCGAGACAGAUUGUGUGGGAGAUACCAUAAGCUCUACUCUGGCAACAUCAUACGGGCAUGUGCCUUGGGCCGCAAUCUUCAGGUCACCCUUUCGAAAUGGUGUGGAAUUUUGGAGCUAGCAUUCUAUGCUUCCAGACUUGCAGAUAGACAGCCGAAUCCUACAGCAGCUCUAGGGUGGACGGCUGAAGCCUGACUAACCCAACGCCUUGAUCUCAUUUGUAUGUGCUGCAUUUCGUUCAGCACCAAUGAUCAACGAUGCAUGCAGAGCAAAUGCCCCAGUACCGACUCCAGGAACCAGCGGCUGUAACAGCACAGUCAUAGCAGAUGGAGCUUCCUUCUUCUCCACAGCGCGGGCAAGCCCACGCUAGCAGUGAAAAGGGGUGGUUCGCGUCACUCGGAGACAGUGUGAUACCGAGGACACAGUGGAGGUCGGCCAUGAGCAAGCUCAGAGGACCGACCACCAGGUUUGCCAAAAAUGAGUAUAAUCGUGAUCAUGCCCCAUUGGAGCAAUCUCAGGGAUUAAACUGAGAAGAACAGAUACUACACUUGAUCUAAGCCAUAAUGGCAAAGAGAGCUGGGGAGGAAAGAGGAGAAGGGGGAGGGAGGAAAAGGGCGAGGGAGCCCGAUAUUUAUAUUCAGGGGCCUGGGAUUCUGCCGCUCAUGGCUGACUGCGGACGGUUUCUCACCACCUAACUGUCCACUGCGCGCCUAAGAAGUGUGUAAAAGGAGUCAUCUGUCCUGUGUAGGCAGCAGCUCCUGCUGCCUGGUGCGAUGAGAGAGACCGUGCCACUUACACUGGUAUUGUUCCACGCUACCUGGC